CCCACUCCUUCUCCUCGUCCCCCUCGAAUAAAAUCCCGCAAUCUUCAUACCCCACGUGCGGUCGACAUCUCCCAAUUUCCCCAGAGCAUCAUGCCCCGCGCCGUCAGAGGAGUCCUCAUCGAGUGCGAUCCAUCCGUGAAAGCCAUCAUCCUCAAGUACGACCAAGAAAGACACGACUAUAUUGUCGAAGACCUCGAUGAUGACCGCCACCUGGUCAUAAAAGAGAGCCAGUUGGCGAAUCUGAAGGCGAGAUUGACCAAGGAACUCGAUGACAAGGUGAUGCAGCCGGACGAGUCGGAAUCGGAGUAGUCGGGAUACUUGGAGGUGUGCUGGCGGCCUGGGUUGCAGUCUCCACGGGUCUUUAUGGUUUGACAGCGGUCGGUACAAUGGGUCGAAUCGUUUCAUUCGGAGCUGGUGAAGCUUUCGGCCUGAGGUGAUGCCAAGUUACCUCGGGUGGUGAUGUGAGUGUCAUACUGCAAGGAACAUUGUGCCGUGUGUAGGAUAUGGUAGGAACGGUCGGAAGCAGGCCAACUGCUUGCAUGUCACCACUGUGUUUAAU